GUACUUUCACGGUUUCCUUUUCUCCACACCUUUUGACUCUUUAACUUGGUUCCCUCCAAAGCUUUAAACCCCCUAAUCCAAAACCCCAUGCCCAUCAUGACCACCACCGCUCCUCUCCUCUCACCGCUCCAUUUCUCCGCCUUCACCACCUCACGCUGCUCACUCCUAUUCCACUCCCCGCCUCCACAGCUCUCCUUCCUCCCACCUCUGACGCUCAAACGGGGCACUAAUUCUUAUCCUCUCGCCCCAACCCGUAGAAACCCGUUCCUAGUUCGCGCCGACGACGACGAUGCCGACGGCGCCGGUCCCGACGACUAUGACAUGGACGAGGAGGAGCUCGAGGAGGUCGAUAACAAGAAGGACUUCGACAUCGAGUACGACCCACUCGCUGCCGCCUCGACGGUUGCCGCCGGGGACGAAGACAUCGACUUUGUACAGAGCAAGAGCUUCGUUUCGACACAGGGAGGGGACUUUGAGACGGUCGUGGAUUACAGGAUUAACGAGGAUGAGUUCCACAAGAUUAGCUUGCUUGACUGCGAUUUCUUCAUAAGGAAGCCUCCGGACCCAGAUAAUGAUGUCUAUGAUUUCAGGGAGAUGUAUGUUACUCCUCCGGAUACCGAUGUUUAUGCGAUUCCCAGGGUUCUUGCUCCGAUGCCUCAGAAGUACAUUCGCUGUGCAAAAAGUGAUUAUGGGUGCUACAAUGUCACAGAACCGCCCAUUGAUGCGCCUCGAGAUCCAUUAUAUAAAUCUGAGAGGGAGAUCCAGAAGGUUUUCUUGACAAAGCACUACAGGAACCGGAGGUUGGCUGACCCAGAUUUCGUGCUAGAUUUUGAGGAGAUUUAUAUCCUAGACUCGAAAACAAAGUCAGUUACCAGAGCUAGAGUUUUGGUUACGGUUCCAGGAGGGAGAAACAGGGAUAGAAAGAGUGACUUGCUUGUAAUACGAGAUAAAGGGAACUCCUUUAAAAUAAUUCAUGCGAGUGAAAGAGAUGAUCCUACCACUGUGAUAGAGAGAGAAGAUUGGGCCAAGACCAGAAAAGACAUGGAGAGACAUCUGAGGAAAUUACGGGACUUCAGCAUUUCAAAUUGGUUUUAGUCAAUCAGCAGAUUUUUGAGAUUGCUUCGUGAGAACUAAAAUGUAAUAAAAUAUGGAUCUUUUGGAGGUGAGCAUUUGUAAAUAUAAUGACAUUUAAAGGAUCGAUUUUCAUUGGA